GAAAAUGGAUUUGUAUAUAUUCGAUGUUAAAAAGGGUUUCGUAACGAAUAUAGAUUACAAUUGAAUCAAACUAGACUAAGAACAAGGAAGGAUGAGGUUGAUGUGUUGCGAAGAUAAGAGUUCGAGGGUGAUGGAUUGGCAGGUAUGUGUGUAUGAAAAACGUGUCGCCUUCUCUCUUCCCUUUAUACUCUAGUAUUAUCCGCGGUCUCCUAUAUUUUCUCUUCUUUCUGAGGUUGUGAUCCCAAAAACGUCAGAGACUUGGUGGUAGCCAAGAAUCCCAGGGUUCGUUGGCGAAUAUCCCUUUUAACCUAGCGUUGCUACGAUCUUAUGAACUCAGCUUCUAGUCCUGGUCGACUUUUGUUUUCUGGGCCAAAUGUCAGUGAUAGCUUCUACUCUAAUGGGCUUUGUCUAGGUUUGGGGUCCAGACGUAGAUAGAUUGUUUUAGUUGUUGCCAAACACCAAUCGAAAUCUUUAUUAUCUAUUUAUUCCCGAUGGAAUUAUGAUAAACUCUAUUGAAUUGAACAAAGAAAAGCAAAUCUAUUAUCGCGAGAUUGAACCAAAAAUGUCGUUAGGGCAAAAGGGUUCGGGGGAUCCAGGUGCGAUGCUCACUUCCCUUCUGAACAAGCGAGAGAAGCUUCGACAAGACUUACGGAGCAUCGAGAAGCAGGUUUAUGAAUUGGAGACAAGCUAUCUUCAAGAAUCGAGCCAUAUAGGAAAUGCCUUGAAGGGUUUUGAAGGCUUCCUUUCUUCGUCCAAAAGCACUGCCAGUGCUAAGAGGUCAAGGAAGUUUCAGCCUGAAGACAGAGUCUUCUCAUUGUCCUCAGUCACCUCACCUGCUGCUGAAGAACUUGGUGUUGGAAGAGAAGAUGGACGAGCUGAAUUGGGCCCAGGGAGAUCCAAGGGUGGAUUGUCCACGGGACAGUUAGUUUCCCAAACUCUGUUUGCUUUACUAAGUUCAUACAUAACCUGUCUGUUUCGCCUACAUGAUUUUGGGUUUGACCAAUUACAGGGGAAAACCGAAGAAAGGGAGAGGACACGGAGUGGCAAGAGAUGCAAAGAGAAACAGACCAUCAGAACCAGAUUAUGACGACGAAGAUGAUCCGGAUGCGAGUAUGAGUCCAUAAGUCCAUUAUUAAUUCAUUGAAGGAUGUAGAGAAGGCAGCUUUAGGAAUGUGAGAGUGGAAUUGGUUGGCAUGCAUCAUCAUUUGAUUCAUUGUUUGUGAUCCAAGCUUUUAAUAGAAUUUUCUCUUCUGGGUCCAACUUAGUUGUUCUUUCCCUUUUUGCCUCUUUGUACUAUUACCUUUUUAAUAAGCAGGAAAUGAAAACUCUUGCCAACAA